GGAGAAGAAGAAACAAGGGAGAAUGAUUCGCCAACUUCUCCCUUUCUCUCUCUUCCCUUCUCCGGUGAGUCGCCAUUGCCAUGUAGAAACCUCAGAAUUGAAGAUAUGGAGGAAGUAGCCCUAUCUUUUCAACCAAAGGAAGCAGAAUCGAUCAUCUUUUGAAGAAUCCUCGUUUAAUAUAACCUACAUUUCGUACAAGUCUAGUAAUAUUCCGUUGUGAUUUCGUCAAUCUCUUCAAGAUAUAUACCACACGUAAACUAUCACUAUGCAGAUCCUUUCAUUCGACGAGGAUUUUCUCCCUAGGUUUUCAUUUGAAGAAAAUCGUAGCCGUUAUCGCAACAGACGUCGAACUUCUUCGUGUUGCAAUAUUCCUAUUUCUAUUCCAUUUUCACUCUCCAAUGACGUAUCCAAGACGAAUCUCUCUUACGGAAGACUCCCUCAGCAACCUAUCAUGCUCAUUAUCCGUAAAUUGGAUGGCUCCUCUUUUGAGGUUGAAGUUGCGAUGACAGCUACGGUUGCAGAGUUGAAGCAGGCGGUGGAAGCUGUCUUCUAUGAUAAGCCGAAGAAAGGACAUGGAAAAAUCUCAUGGUCACAUGUCUGGGGACAUUUUUGCCUAUCAUAUGAUGGAUGGAAGCUGGUAACUGACUGUGAACCAAUAAGGAAUUAUGGGAUCAGAGAUGGAGAUCAGCUCACUUUUACCAGGCAAAUUUCAAUCACCUUCAAUUUAAAAAGAAGAAACUCAAAGAUGUCUUCAAGCAUGUCGAACAGAAAAUCUGUAAACAUGAAAUCCGAGGACAGUGACUAUGAUGAUGAUGAAAAGGAAACCACAAAAGAAACAGAAGAAGAAGAAGACUACAAGCAACAGCAACAGCAACGGCCAAAGAAACGGUAUAUGUUCAGGUUUGGUAAAUUUGAAGAAACUCUAGCAGCAGAAGCGCUAGCAGCAGCUUUGAGCAAAGUUGAAGAAGCACUGACAACAAGUUUGUUCUAG